CGGAGAGCGAGAACGGAACGUUCUGUUGUGAACCAUCAAGGACAAGAUUCUGCGUUUAGCAUAAUAUUUUAACAGUGAUCGCUGAUUUUUUCCACAAAAAAAACAACAAAAUCGUGAAUAUAAAAUGGCACCAACAUUGUUUAUAGCACAGCAGAGAAGAUAUUGGUUGCUAAUAACUAAUGUUAUUAUAGAGAAUCUUUUUUUCUCCGCUGUUCUUCUUGGGUGGAGUUCCCUGCUUCUGAUAUUGAGAGCUGAAAGAUUCUAUGCCUAUUUGUGUGAUGAAGAACUGAACACACAGAAUGGUACUUGGUCGGAAUUCACAUACAACCCCAACGAAACAGACUUUGACAAUGUGACCUACAGACUUUAUCCCACAUCCAAUGAAACAGUCCUUAAUAGUAAUUUGAAUGAGAUGGGAACAUGUUCAGCGCAGGAAACGCAACUCAAUCUGGCCUUCACAGUUGGUUCCUUCCUUCUUAGUGGAAUGACAUUUCCUAUAGGAAUGGCCAUGGACAAGUUUGGUUCUAGAAUUCUCCGUAUGAUUGGCUGUUUCUUUUUUUGUGCAUCAGCUUUGAUAUUAGCAUUUGCAAAUCCUGACACUACAUCGGUGCUGCUAUUUCCAGCUGUGGCAUUGAAUGGCAUUGGUGGCAUAACUUUAGUAUUUACAUCGUUACAGGUUUCCAAUUUAUUUGGACACAAGAGAUCAACUGUCAUCAGUCUAUGUAUUGGCUCAUAUGCAUCAUCUGCCAUUCUCUUCCCUAUCUUGAAGGCUCUUUAUGAUCUGGGUGUCUCCAGGCAGAAUAUGUUCGUUGGGCUUGCAAUAGGAUGCUGUAUUGUUUGGUUGAACUGUUUCUUAAAUGUACCCAGUGAAGCUAUUCCUGAUCCUGAUGAUGAAAGUUUUGGAAUUCAUUGGAACAUCUUAAAGCUGGACAAUAAAGUCUCUGGUCAGCAUUUCUACCGACGAGUCUCUAACGUUGGUCGUAGGUUAAGUACAGGCGAGGUACUUAAGCAAGGAGACAUGUAUGGAUCAAAAAUGAACCUUGAACUAAAAAUGAAGCGAGGCUCUGACCCAACCUUCUGCCAGUCCAUCUUUAGUCCUAUAUUCCUAUGGAGCUUAGUUGUUAUGUGUAUCACUCAGCUACGUCUUCUCUUUUUUAUCGGCUCUUUCAGUCAAAUGGUGGAGGGAAUGACUGAUGAUGAUCCAAAUAGUGUUGAACUAUAUGCGGCCAUCUUUGGUUUUCUUCAACUGUUGUGUCUCUGUACUUGCCCACUAAUUGGGCUCAUUAUGGACUGGAAAACAAAGGCAAAACCACAAACUGAAGACGUUGAAGAAGCUAAACCAGCCGAAGAAGAUGCCAACUCGGAAAACAUCUCAUUGUCAGAACGAUCUGAAGAUUCUGAUAAAACUGCACGGUCUUCAAAAUCACUGAAGUCUAAAAGUUCUGGCAGCUCCACUGAUAGCAUUGGAAAGAAGAAACGCACCGAUGUGAAGAUACAAAAACUACGCAAUGGUGUUGUUGCAUUUACCAUUACUAAUACUGCCUGUGUCUUCUUUGGAAUCCUGGUGCUUAUUCCAAUAUUAGAACUUCAGAUUUUUACAUUUGUGCUGCAUACAAUUAUUAGAGGUUUCAUCCAUUCAGCCGUCUGUUCAUUAUAUGCCCUGCAGUACCCAGCUAAUCAACAAGGAGGUCUGAUUGGUUUGCAGUCAUUGAUUUCUGCUAUGUUUGCACUUUUACAAUACCCAGUUUUCGUAGCAAUAGAAGGGCCACUCAACCAAGAUCCAUUUUAUGUGAACAUUGUGAUGUUGGGAGUGUCAUUUAUCAGCUUUGGUUUACCAAUCUACCUAUACUGGUACAGUAAAAAAGUGGAAAAAGAAUUGAAAGCAAAGCGUGCUCUUCAUACAGUUGACUCAGAACCACUUUUUCUUACUAGUCGACCGAGCAGAGUGGCGCUGCUGACCGAGAAAAACCAACCAGUUGCCAUAUAAAAGACAAAAACAAAUCUAACUGUUUAGAGCUGAUAAGAACAGUUGACUUGAUAGCUGAACAGUCUCUGAUGCAUGCUGGGUAACAGACAGAGGGUCAAGUAAGGAAGUAAAGAACAAUCUGUGAACACGGCGAGCAAAAAGGAUAAUUAGCUGAUAAUGGAGCAAAAUGCAUUUACAUGGGGAGGGGGUUAUAUAAAAGGGGGAGGGGCAUGGAUUUACAGACAUACUGCUAAAUAUACUAUAUAUAUUUAUUAUUUACAAUAUUCUAAUGUGGAAUGUAUUGCUGUAUUGUUGAAAAGUCUGUUACUGAAACGCUAACGUGCUGAUGAAAAUGUUAAACUUAAGUAUUCAAAUACAUUAUUUAUAUGCAUCAGUAUUUGAUAUAGGGAAUGGUACUAUCACUGUGUUUCACAGCUGCACUCAGAGAUAUCAAUUUAAACAUGCUUUAUAAGUAAGAUUUCUGCUUGUUGUGAUUUAACUUAAAAGUUGAAAUAUGUUUUAACAUUCAUAGAGAAGUUGAUUGAAAUAGAAAAUAUUUAUGAAAGUCAAAAUGUCAUUGUUUCUAGUUUAUUAUUACAGCUAGAUCUUUGAGAGUCUGAUUGUCACUUUUAAUAGCAUAAAUACUGUCCUGAAAGAGAUACUUUUGUUUCCGCCACCCCAAAUCCUGACACUAACCCUACCUCUACUGUCCAGCACUUCCCAAUUUAAUUGUAUAUUCCCUUUCGAAGGACACCUAUAUUUAUCUAGAGGGGCAUAUAAAAUUGAAUUGGGGGGGGGGGUGAGGAUUAGAGUUAGGAUUAGGGGUGGAGUGGGGUACAAAAAAAAUGCUUUCCUAUAGUCUUUUGUAUUUAUUGAACUUGUGAUAAAAGACAAAUUGGCACAAAAUGGUUAACAAUCUGCCAGUUGAGAAUACCGGCUAGUUGCUGAUGUGAAACAUUAGAAUGUACUCUCCCAAUAUGACUUGUACAAGAGAGUUAUGCAUUUAAAGAGACAGGCACUGAAAUAUAUCGACCCGUGAAGUGGUUGCAAUAUGAUUAGUUAAAUAUUAUAUUAUGUUAUGAAAUAUGUUAAUACCAUAUUAUAAUGUGUAAUACUAUGAUGUAGCCAAUGUAUCUGAAUGCAGAUUCCAGGGACCAUAAAUGUAAAUAAGGACAGUGUAAUUAACAAUUGUUUUUUUGGAAAUGGGUAAAUGCAAUAUAUAUGUGUAUUAUGUAGAUUAAUGAAGAAAACGUUGCCAUAUGGCAUAGAACUGAGUCAGUAGUACGUCAUUAUCAUGACCAUGCCGAUAUAAUAUCGGGAUAUGUUACUUCCGCAGUCACUUACUUUGCUAUACUUCAAUUUAACCGCAUUUGUUCUACCAUGAAUAAUUCACACUCACCUUCACUAAAACAGCAGUAAUGGCUCAGGGUUAAAGUUCAACAUUAAAUUUUUGACCUGCUUAUUCCAUAAUUUGUUGUUGUUAGCUAUAUUAAGCUCAUUAUGUUUUAAAACUAAGUUUAAUAUGCUUUGUAGGAUUUAUGUUUUUAGAUUGUUAUUUUCAGUCCAGUGACAAUUUCUGAAAGAUCGCUCUCUCUUAGUAAAAAGGGAAUUAUUAAAGAGCAUCCUCAACACUGAUACCUCACUGAAAGCUUAGUUGCCAUAGUGACAGUGUUGUUUAAUAUGUUUCUCUAGCAUAUAUUUUCUUUUUGUCUUUUGUAAAAACAGGCAUUUCUAUUUUAGUGAACUAAAAAAUAUUUUGAAAGAUACACCUAA